AAUUAACAGUAAAAUGGAAUUUGAUAUUUCUCAUGUACUAAGUUUUUUCACGGUAUAAUAUCUCAACUUUUGAUUUCGAUAACAAGUUGAAAAAGAUAAAAAAAAAAAUAAUCAUCCGCCAAAACCUCGUUGGAAACUGCAUUUUCUAUCAUAACGAAUAUGUAGGCUCUUGAAUAAACGCAUUAUUCGAGAUCGAGAUGAAUAAAGUAAAUUUUUACGUUAUUUUAGUGUGUUUUAUCGUGAAGCAAGUUACAAGUGAUUGCCCAGAAAGAUGUUUUUGCCAAACGUCUUAUGUGAAGUGUAUGCAAGCCAGUUUACAAGCUGUGCCUCCCGGUUUAUCGUCGAAUAUUUCGGUAUUAGAUUUAAGAGUGAAUGAAAUUAAAGAUUUGAAGUUGAAUUCGUUUUCAACGUCUCCAAAUUUGGAAACAUUGCUUUUGAAUAAUAAUCAGAUCAGUAUUUUACGAAAUGGUGUGUUCGAUAAUUUAUCCAAAUUACGACAUCUACAUCUGCAUAGAAAUAAAAUUGGAACUAUCGAACCUGAAGCAUUUAAAAAUCUUCAAAAUUUGGAGCAACUAUAUUUGCAUUACAAUAAUAUUGUUCAACUUGGUGAUGGCAUUUUCAAAAAUUUGGUACAUUUGGAACGAUUAUUCCUUUUCAACAACAAUGUGGAAAAUAUACAAACGGACGUAUUUGCGACGUUGUCAAAUAUCAAAACUCUACGUUUAGAUAGCAACCCUUUGAACUGCGACUGUGAACUUUUCUGGCUACUCGACUACCUUUCAAGUGAUCCGAGAAAAGGCGUUCAAAUCAGUGGAGUUUGCCAAUCACCUAGUUCUUUGCAUGGAAAAUCGUUACCAGAUUUAAAAUCGAGCGAUGAAUUCCGUCAAUGCAGGUAUCCAAAAAUCGUAACUCAGCCCGAAGAUAUCGAAGCUUCUCAGCAAGGUUCUCAAUCUGUGUUAUUAUUAUGUAAAGCCAGAGGAUACCCAAAACCUCGUAUAAGCUGGAAAAAAGAUGGAUACAAUAUUGAUUUUGGAAAUGGAAAAUACGAUCAAGAAUCUGAUGGAUUGGUUAUAAAAUCAAUUUCUCUAGCCGAUGAAGGGAAAUAUGAAUGUAUCGCAUCGAAUGAUGUAGCUACCGUUAAAUCACGUUCAGCUGUAUUGAAAAUCAAUCGUGCUAAAGAAGUCUUACUUUCUAAGAACGUAACUGGCAAGGUUUCACCAGAUAAUGUAGCAAUUAGAGAAAACGAAUCUGUACAAAUUGAUUGCAUUCUAUCAGAAAAUCCGAAUGUCCAUUUAGCUUGGUUAAAAAAUAAUAUUAUGGUACCCGAUAAUUACACCACAUCAAAAGUAUCAGAAACAGGAAGUUUUAUUUUCAGCCUGCAUUUGAACCAAGCUCAACUCGAUGAUUCUGGCCGUUAUCACUGCAUGUCCACCGAACCAUCUACGACUAUUUAUGGAUCUUCUGAAGUGAUAGUAGAUGCGGCUCCAGAAAUCAUCAGAUUUUCUCGAAAUCUUGCCGUUGGUUCUGGAUCGAUUGUAGAACUAGAAUGUAUUGCUAAAGGUCAUCCUAUACCAUUGUUCACUUGGUUUAAAGAUGGACGUUCAGUCGUACCAAAUUCUAGAAUCACGUUCAAAGAAAACAAAAAUAUUUUGAAAAUUGAAAACGUUUUGGAAAGUGACACAGGUAUGUAUACGUGUUUGGCUCAAAAUACCAUCGGUUCCGUUGAACGUAAUAUGGAACUGAGAGUGAAAAAUCGAGGCUCCAGGGUUCCUCGUAUUGUAAUUAAACCUUUCGAUAUCGAUGUGCCCCAAUUUUCAAGCGUUGAAAUACCUUGCAAAGUGGAUGGUGAACCAAAACCUCAUAUUCUAUGGCUUAAAAAUAAUGAACCUAUCGUCGAAGAUAGGAUAAAAUUCAGGAUGAACAACAUUGGCAGUUUAAGAAUUUACAAUGUCAGUUUAAUCGAUUCCGGAGUCUACGAAUGCAUUGCAAAAAAUACUUUAGGCAAUGAUACAGCUAGAGGAAUACUCACAGUCAUUGGAGAUUUUCAAUCUGAAAACGAUGUUUACAUUCUUCAAGCAUACAACGAAGCGAAAUUGGAAAUCGAUCGAGCUAUUAACGCGACGAUAAAUCAUUUAUUUUCUCAAAAACAAUCCGACAAAUCUCCGGGUUUUUUGAUGAAUUUUUUCAGGUAUCCGGAUGAGAUUUCUCGUAACAUAGUGAAAUCUGCUGAUAUCUAUACCAGGACUUUGGCCAAUGUUAGAAGACACAUAAGUUCCGGAUUAAAUCUGAAUAUAACAAAUAAUUUCUCGUACGAAGAAUUACUCACCCAGAGUCAAAUAGAAUUGAUAGCCAACAUCUCAGGAUGCGUUUCUCAUCAGCCGAUUGUCAAUUGCUCGAAUACGGAAUUUCAUUCGAAAUAUUCAACCUUCGAUGGCACUUGUAAUAAUUUAGCGAAUCCGAUGUGGGGAUCUUCUUACACCGCUUUUCGCAGAAUAUUGAAUCCUAUUUACGAAAAUGGCUUCAGUACUCCGGUCGGCUGGAAUAAAGGGGUCAAGUAUUACGGAUACCCUAAACCACAAGCUAGAUUAGUGUCCACGUCCUUAAUACGUACCUACGACAUUACACCGGAUGAAGAAAUAACCCAUAUGGUUAUGCAGUGGGGCCAGUUCUUGGAUCACGAUUUAGAUCACGCUUUACCUUCAACCACUUUGGAAAGCUGGGAAGGUCUGGAUUGUAAAAAAACGUGCGCUUAUUCGGAGCCAUGUUUUCCGAUGGAAGUGCCUCGAAAUGAUACUCGUAUCAAGAAUAGAAGAUGUAUGGAUUUCAUUAGGAGCAGUGCUGUUUGUGGAUCGGGUACUACGUCGGUGUUUUUCCAUAAACUGCAACCUAGGCAGCAGCUGAAUCAGCUUACUUCCUAUAUUGAUGCUUCUCAGGUUUACGGAUUUAUUAGAGAUAGAUCAUUUCUUCUUCGAGACCUCCUCUCAGAUUUGGGUCUGCUGAGAGGUGGAGUGGUCACCAAUGGAGGUCACGUUUACCUUCCUACUGCAGGAUUAAACGAAGUAGAUUGCCGUCGAGAUUUAAAUGAAAGCAACACGGGGUGUUUUUUAGCAGGGGAUAUUCGAGUUAACGAACAAGUAGGUCUGAUUGCAAUCCAUACAAUAUGGUUCCGAGAACAUAACCGAUUAGCUACUCAGCUCAGAGAAAUUAAUCCCCACUGGGAUGGUGACAAAUUGUAUUUCGAAGCUCGUAAAAUACUCAUAGCCGAAUUACAACACAUUACGUAUCAACAUUGGUUGGAAAAAAUCAUCGGACCCGAAGGCAUGAAAGCAUUAGGAAAAUAUGCCGGUUACAAACCAAACGUUGACGCCACGAUAUCAAAUGUUUUCGCUACUGCUGCUCUUAGAAUGGGUCAUUCGCUAAUUAAUCCGGAAUUAGCCAGGCUCGAUGAAAAUUUCAAAGUUAUCCCGCAAGGAAAUUUACCCCUCGGCAAAGCUUUCUUCGCACCUUGGCGUUUAAUCUCAGAAGGAGGCGUCGAUCCCCUUAUCAGAGGUUUUUUCACGGCAUCGGCGAAACGUAAAAAGCCCACAGAAAAUUUAAACGAUCAACUCAUCGACGAAUUGUUCACCGCUGCUCAUGCUGUAUCAUUGGAUUUGGCUGCUAUGAAUAUUCAACGUUCUAGAGAUCACGGUUUACCCGGGUACACGGAAUAUCGUAAAUUUUGCAAUUUAUCUGUGCCCGAAAAUUUCGAUCAGUUGAAGAAGGAUAUUUCCAGCGACGAAAUUCGUCAUAAAUUGGAACAAUUAUACGGCCAUCCAGGUAAUAUCGAUGUAUGGGUCGGUGGCAUUCUAGAAGAUCAAUUGAAAAAUGCCAGAGUUGGUCCAUUAUUCCAGUGUUUACUUGUAGAACAAUUCCAAAGAUUACGCGAUGGCGAUAGAUUUUGGUACGAAAAUCCAACUACAUUCACACCGUCGCAAUUAUCAGCCAUUAAGAAAGUCACUUUGUCACGUGUAUUGUGCGACAACAGUGAUAACCUAACUCGUAUUACAGAAGAUGUUUUUAUUUUGCCAAAUUUACAAAAAUCCAAGUAUAUAUCGUGUGAUGCAGUACCAAAGUUGGAUUUGAAACCUUGGUUGAAUUCGAAACCAUAAAACUUAUUCUAUAUCCAAUUAAGUAGUUGAUAAAAAGAUUUUACUGGCCUUGCCUCCCAGUCUCAAAUUAUUUUGAAUUGAAAUGUUGAAUGACCCAAAAAUGUAAAUUUUGAGACAAUGGUCAAUUUUUCAAAUUUUUAACCUUACCCCCCCCUCACCUCCCAACAGACCAAAUUAGAGUUAAAAAAAUAACACGACCGAAAAAAUAGAAUCCGGCAUCCUCAGAAAUAAAAAAUUCGACACAUUGAUACAUUUUUUUCGAAAUUUUUAAUUUCAGUGCCUCCCCCAGGUGCCAAUACUUGGUCAAAGGCCAGAUCAAGGAUCAAUUGCACCCCCCCCCCCGGUCAACCCACAGGGACAACUUUUUUCUUAAAUGGGGAGUCCUAAGGAACAUUUCUAACCUUUCUCCUAAAAAAAAUCGCUCUACUUACAAAAAGGCGGCCAUUUUGAUCGACAGGUCAGCAGAAAUCGCAGAUUUUGCGUUCCAACAUGGAACUUGCACGAAAUUUUUUAAACCUUUCAAAGGUAGAUCGAAAGAUCAGGUGAAAAUUUAUCACCUGUCAAAAUUUCAAGUGCUAAAGUGUCUUUUUCGAUUAUUGGUGAAUUUUUGAAAAUCAUGAGGGGAAAAAUCAAAAUUUUACCGAAUUGCUCAAUAAAGCUGAAAUUUGGGAUAUACCUCAUUUUCGACAUUCCAAAUCGAUUGGAAACUAUUUCAAACCGUUUUGAGCAGUGUUCUGGAGCCUCCAGCAGAUUUUUGAAACUGGAAAUUCUCACAAAAUUUCAUCAAGUAGAUGGAAAGCAGAAAUUUAUUCAGCAAACAAAUGUAAAUACGCUACGAAGUCGACUGCUGGUGGAUUUCAAGUCGUUUUGGAGCCUCCAGCGACUAUUUGAAAGGUUGUAUGGCGUUUUUUUGGAAAAUUGAAAUUUCAAAAAAGUAGCAGGAAGCUUCGAAGCCAUUUGAAAUCACCAUGCAGUCGACUUCAUAUUGUAUUGAAAAUAGUUUGCGAAGUAAAUUUCAGCUUGCUAACUCUAUUUGAUAAAAUGAUGUGAGAAAUUUCAAGUUUCAAAGUCUGGUGGAGACUCCAGUAAUUUUCAAAAAGUCGCUGGAGGCUCCAAAAUGACUUGAACCCACCUGGAGUCGUGUUCAGAGGGUGUUAAAAUUGAAGUGCAGAGUAAAUUUCGGCUUUCCAUCUCCGUUUGAUGAAAUUUUGCGGAAAUUUCAAGUUUCAAAAAUCUACUGGAGGCUUCAGUAAUUUUCAAAAAGUUGCUGGAGUUUCCAAAACGAUUUGAAAUCCACCUGCAGUUGACUUCGUGGUGUAUUGAAAUUAUUUCGCAGGGUGAAUUUCAACUUUCCAACUCCAUUUUAUGAAAUUUUGUGAGAAUUUCCAUUUUCAAAAAUCUGCUGGAGGCUCCAGAAUACUACUCAAAACGGUUUGAAAUAGUUUCCAAUCGAUUUCCAUUUUUCAGCUUUAUUAAACAAUUUGGUAAAAUUUUGAUUUUUCCCCUCAUUUUUGCCUCAAAUUUGAUUUUCAAAAAUUCACCAAAAAUCGAAAAAGGCACUUUGACACUUGAAAUUUUGACAGGUGAUGAAUUUUCGCCUGAUCUUUCAAUCUACCUUCGAAAGGUUUAAAAAAUUUCGUGCAAGUCCCAUGUUUGAACGCAAAAUCUGCGAUUUCGGCUGACCUGCCAAUCAAAAUGGCCGCCAUUUUGUAAGUAGGGCCACUUUUUGUUGAGGACAAGGGUUAGAAAUGUUCCUUAGGACUUCCUCUUUAAGAAAAAAGCUGUCCCAGAGGGUCGAGGGGGGUGCAAUAAAUCUUCAUGCGGGCUCCCCGACCAAUAAUAAGUACCUACGAGGUACUGAAAAAAAAACACACAAACGUGAUUUUUUGGAAAUUAUUGGCAAUUUUGUAAAAUACACUUAACGAGAAUUCAAGUCAAAAAGCAAGACUUUGAAAAAACAUUAGCAAAAAUUAGCUCACUUUAGCGAAAAGGAGGGCUUUUUGGGCCAAUUUCUGCCAAAACAGUGAAACUUUUUUGAAAUUUUUGAAAAAAAAUAAACUUUUUACAAGUUGUGAAAUUAUUAACAAGUUGAGCUGAAAAAAGCGAGAAUUUUUAGACAAUUUCAGCAAAAAACUGAAAAUAAUAGUACAUAGAUAAUGUUAUAAUUAUUGGCAAAAAAAUAUGAUUUUUCGUAAUUUUUGCGAAAAAAGCGAAACUUUUGGACAAUUUGAGGGAAAAAUGAGACUUUUUAGAAGUUUCUGCAAAAAACGGUAAUCUUCGACCACUUUUUACAAAAGCGAAAAUUUUGGUCAAUUUUUGAAAAGGGUGGAGUUUUUGAAAAUUGUUGUCAAAAAACAAGAUAUAUUUACAAUUUUAGCAAAACGCCAGACUUUUUAGUAGGUACCUAACUAUUCUGGUGGAAAACACGGUAUUUUUUUCGCAAUUAUUGUAGAUUUUGUAAUUCUUUUGUUUCGCUAUGAAACAGAGACUUUAGGGUAAUUUUUUGAAUCAGCAAUGUUCCCAAAAAGCGAGAAUCUUUGUGAAUUUCCUGGAAAAGAGCAAGAAUUUGACAAUUCAACCUAAAAGCAGCACUUCCACUUUUCCCCAAAUUUCUGUCAAACAAGCGAGACUUCUGGAAAACUUUGGGAAAAAUUGUGUCUUUUUGGAAUUUUUUGAAAAAAAGGGCAAUCUUCUGCUAUUUUUCUAAAAAGCGUAAUUUUUUGACAAUAUUUGGAAAAGCGAGAAUGUUUGACAUUUUUUGGACAAAAAAGCGAAACUUCGAGACAAUUUUUGGAAACGAGUGAAAUUUUUUUGAAGCUUUUAGCAAACAAAGAAUUUUAACCAUUUUUCUAAACAGCAAAAGUUUUUGUCAAUUUUUGGACAAGCGAGAAUUUUUGGCGAUUUUCUGCACAAUAACGCCACACUUGACAACAAUGGCAAAAUAGUGAUACUUUUGAUAAUUUCUAUCAAACAAGAGAAACAUUUGAGUGAUUUUUCGAAAACGAAGGUGAGACUUUUCAGUAGCAAAAAAGCAAAAAUGUUACAAAAAAAACAAGGUUUUGAAUUCUCAAGCUGAAUUUUAAUGUCGUGACAAUUAUUUAAUUUGAUAUAAUUAUUUUUUGGCUUCUCGGGGGAAAAUGGUUGCAUGUGAUCAUACCUGAUCAGAUCAAAAAUUCGAUCGGAUUAGAGCUGUUCAGAUCUGAUCACGUGCAAGUUCAAUCAGAUAUGAACAGGUCUUUUUUUUUUAGGUCUGAUUAAGCCUGAUUGAUCAGACCAGAUCAGACUCGAAAAAUAAGACAUGACUGAAUGUGCUCAAAUCUGGUCAGAUUCAAUCAUUCCCCCCCCCCAGGUUGUAAAUAAACUUUUUUCUAAAAAAAAAAAAAAAAACAACUCCACGACAUCAGCAUCAAGAUGAUAUGUCUGCUUUGAUUAAUCCCCUCCCCCCACCCUCCACUAAUUAGAUCAAUCCAACCGAAAUCUUAAGGGGAAAAAAUGAUCCAUGGCGAUAGGUUUGGUUAUAGUAUGGUUACGUUUUCAAGAAAAUCGUGCUUUUUGUUAAAACUAAAUAAUUAGGUAAUAUUUGGCUACCAAAUUGCAUCGUAUUCGUAAAUACGUAGAUUGUAAUUGUUGUAUCGAAAUGUUUCUCAAUAAAAUGAUUUGAAAUACG